ACAGUGCCACGUGAAUCCGAUAUAACAACAACAGACGCGUUACCACUCCAGCGAAGUAAGUAACGCCAAGGGCAGUCAUUUUGAAGAGGCAUAACUCGGUGGUUGAAGAACGUAACCACGCAUCCUCACGUCAACAAAUAGAGGGUCAACUUCCGCAAGGAAACGUCUUAGACGCCAAUCGAGACACACACCGUGACGAGCAACAUCCGAACACACAACCACAAGGUAAGCUCGUUCAUUACAUUGUCUUACGAUCCGCUACCAAUGGAAGGCACAGACAAAAUUACCUCCUUGCAUCGUAAACGAGGCUUCCAAAUCGGCCGAUUUACGACUCUAUCGAAACGACUCGACGAAUACGAACAAUCCAGCAGACGGAACAAGGCCUCUUUGACGGCUUACCACUCACUGCUCGACGACACGUGGAAACAGUACAGAGAAUUACAAGAUGAACUAGAAGAUUUAGGCGAGCGGGACGACGCGCGCGUUUCCGAAAUAACUAACAUAUAUUAUGACCUGGUAGUACGAGUACACAUUCUCAUGGAUGACGCACCAGCAUCAUCGUCGUCGAAAUCGCCAAGCUGCGAUUCGCCCAAGGUCGCCGAGCCGACAGAAAUUAAACUACCAGAGAUUCAGUUACCUAAUUUCGACGGUGCCAUCGAGAAUUGGCAUUCUUUCUAUGACGCAUUUUCGUCCACGAUAGAUCGAAGCGAUCGUCUCACUGCCGUACAGAAGUUCCACUACCUUCGAUCUUCGUUAACCGGAAAGGCCGCGCGAAGCAUCCAAUCGUUGAACGUUACGGAAAUUAAUUAUCCCAUCGCGAUUGAUAUUCUGAAAGAAAAAUUCGACUGCCACCGUCAAAUCUGCAUGCGCCACUGGGACUUGAUAUUCGACUAUCCAAAAAUAAGCAAGGAGACACCCGAAGCAAUCGACGAUCUUUUGGAGACGGUCAAGGCAAAUCUCCAAGCCUUGGAGAAGCUAGGAGAGCCGAUAACGUCAAAUGUUGUCCUUAUUCAAUUGCUUACUUCCAAAUUACCGUCCGCCAUCAUUCGUAAAUGGCAACGAACGCUACCGGAUAAAAAGAUGCCGUCCUAUACACAUCUGGUAGGCUUCCUCAAAACACGGACGAACGGCGACAGAACAAGCCCGACGACCAAGACAAAAAAAACGUCCGACAAACACAAUCGACAACGACAACACGCGCCGCGAAGCAUCACCUUCGCCACUACACAUAGGCCGACGGCGUGUCCAAGUUGCAAGGGACAACAUAAAAUAUGGCAUUGCGAGGUCUUCAAGGCGAAGUCGGUCAAAAGUCGCCUUGAAAUCGUCAAAAGGGCAUCCCUAUGCGCCAAUUGUCUAGGCCAAGGGCACACUAUCGCCCAGUGCUCUGCAGGUUCAUGUCGCAUAUGCAGACAGCGACAUCAUACAUACUUGCAUCACCACCAACGUCACGGCAAGUCACGACCUUCGAGCGGUCGAUCGUCGAGCGACCGAUCAUCGAGUGGACGCUCUUCACCUAGCUCACCGACUCCUCGUUCGUCACAUCUUUCGAGACGCGCGUCCACGUCUUCCAAGUCGUCUACUAAGUCGUCUACCCGGUCGUCUUCCCAGUCGUCUACCCGGUCGUCUUCUAAAUCGUCUUCCCGGUCGUCUAACCGGUCGUCUCCACGGUCGUCACCCCGAACGUCACCAAAACACGAACCUCGGCCAACUCGUACACAUACAACCGGAUCAAAGUCAUCGUCUAGUCCUCAAAGACAAGAAAGGAAAUGACUAUCUCAGACGACUUUAAUUGGGACCGAAUCAAAAAGGACCGAAUUACUGACCUCGGUUCCCUCUAAACCAUUACAACAUGAUCUCUUAGUCACGGCGCAGGUCAACAUAUACAACAAUAAGAGACAACCAUUCCGUUGUAGAGCCCUGCUAGACACCGGCUCUAGCAUGAAUUUCAUUACCGAAAAACUCGCCCACUCAUUAAAACUCAACCAACGGAAAUGUUCGGUCCCAAUCGGAACUCUCGACGCGUUAUCGACGACCUCGAAACGCUACGUCACGGCCACGAUCACUUCAAUUGACGGCGCAUACGAACGCACACUGACGUUCCUGGUCAUCCCAACCAUAUCGA